AUGGCCACCCAGCAUUGCGAAUCCAGCAUUCCCAAAGAGCCCACUCCUCCCGAUCGCAUGUCUAAAUCCGAAAUCGAUGCCUCGCCACGAAGCAUCCAUACUGAAGAUUCUGCAACAGCCUUUUUACAUGAACAUCGGGCAGAGUGGGCCGACUAUAGCCCCGGCGAGUCCAAGAAGGUCCUCCGAAAGAUCGAUUGGCGAUUGAUGCCUCUCAUUAUCGGCACAAUCACUAUAGCCGCAGUGGAUAAAAUAAUAAUUUCGAAUGCCGCCUUAUAUGGCAUGUCCCGCGAUACUCACCUGGUCGGGCAGCAGUAUAACUGGGUCGGUUCCAUUUUCUACUUUGGUUGGCUGGUAGCCGAGUAUCCGGCGAAUGCCGUGUUACAAAAAUUACCGGUGGGCAAGUCUGUGGGCGGUGCUGUGAUCCUUUGGGGCGUUGUUGUUAUGUGCCUCGGUGCGGCCCAAAACUUUGCCGGCCUGGCAGUGCUAAGACUGAUCAUGGGCGUGUUGGAGGCUCCCUUGUUCCCUGCGGUCACCAUCCUCAACACAAUGUGGUACAAGAAGUCCGAGCAGCCCGUUCGCAUGGCUAUUACGUUCACUGCCUUCUCAAGCCUCGUCACUGGUAUUGUAUCCUACGGUAUUGGCCGGUCGAACACGGCGGUCGCCUCUUGGAGGCUCCUCUUCCUUGUCAUUGGCGGAUUUACACUAGUCUGGGGCAUUGUUCUCGUUAUCUGGCUUCCAGAUUCACCACUUAGAGAGAACUUCUUACGCGGCAAAGAUAAAUAUAUUGCUCUGGAUCGAGUCAAGGAUAACAUGACCGGGAUCGAAAAUAAGGAAUUGAAGUGGUACCAGGUUCGAGAGGCUUUCACCGACUAUAAGACAUAUAUCUUGUUCUUUUUCUUCCUUAGUAUAAACGUCCCCACUGGUGGGCUCGUUACUUUCGCUGCUCAGAUCGUAUCUGGCUUGGGUUACUCGUCCCUGAAUACAGUACUGCUGGGAAUGCCAACCGGUAUAAUGCAGAGUGUCGCCGGGUUCAUGGUUGCCAUUCCGCAGCGCUACAUGACCAACAAGCGCUGCUUAUCUUGCGCUAUAUGCUGCCUUGUUCCGCUGGCCUGCUCUAUUCUUAUCAGACUGUUACCACACGAAAACAAAAUAGGAAGGCUUUUGGCCUAUUACUUCUUCUAUUUCUUUUGGGGACCUUGGGGCACGGUCCAAGGCGCUGACCAUAUGGCUACAGGUCUGACUCUACCUAUGGCAAACGUAGCUGGGCAUACUAAGAAGUUGACCAUUAACGCGACGGUAUUCCUAGCCUAUUGUAUUGCCAACAUUAUUGGCCCACAGGUAUUCAUUGCAACCGAAGCACCUGAUUAUGCUACUGGUUAUAACGCAAUCAUGGGCUUCGAAAUUGCUGCCAUUGCGUGCAUGGCAGUUUAUGCCACCGGCUGUAAGGUAGAGAAUAAGAUGCGCGACGCAAAAGAAGGCGCUGCGGGAGAGCUCUCUACGGGUCACCAGCUCGGCGAUCUCACGGACUACGAAAAAAGGGGUUUUAGAUACAUCUACUAG